AUGUUCUCAAUCGUCGCUCCGCCAUUCUCGCAAACUUCUGUUAUACAGAAAAAUACCGGGUUUGUGAUCCCAGACUGGAUCCGACCCCGCAUUUCAAGUGGAUCAUGGCUAACAGGAUGUCAGAUGUUCAGAAGCACAAUUCUUAGACAACCCCUGUCGCUGGCCUCGGUGGCUACUCGCCGUUCAGUUUUGAGCACUGUUAGUGGUGCUUCUAGUCUCAGAACUCAGAGAUUUUUGGGAACCAUUCCUCAACCUCCAGGAUACAUUCAGGGUACUGUGAACGACCCUGUUAAGCUGCCUCCUCCUAGCCCCAGCCAUGGUUCUUAUCACUGGUCUUUUGAGAGACUUGUGGCUGUUGGAAUGGCUCCUUUGGUCAUUGCUCCUCUUGCUACUGGCUCAUUGACUCCUGUUCUUGAUGCCACUCUGGGCUCGCUACUGCUGGUCCAUGUCCAUCUUGGUCUCGAAUCCUGCAUCAUUGAUUAUAUCCCCAAACGUGUCUACGGCAAGCUUCACAACUUGGCUAUCUACGCUUUAUAUGGAGGCACUGCUCUCAGUCUGUACGGUCUUUAUGAGUAUGAGACCAAUGACAUCGGUCUCACUGCUACCAUUGGCAAGGUCUGGAACGCUUAA